AUGGAAUACUCUCGACCGCAAUAUGGCCGCAAGCGCAUGAGCCUCGGGAAUAUCAUUGGUGACCCGUUUGCGCUUGCGACCACUUCAAUCGCGACACUCGCAUGGCUUAUUUCCUUCGUCGCGACAAUUAUUGCACACAUACAAUACCCCGUAAAAUUCCCGCUCUUCGCGUACUGGGCCUUGGUUUUCUACUUCGGUCUCAUCAUUGGCGUGUUCGUAGUAGUCGCGUCGGACAGCACCCAAACUUACCAUGUCGCGCUCGUGGGCUAUCUCGGCUGCGGCCUGGUGCUUUCGACGUCAUCCGUCAACAACCUGAUCCAUGACAACCAAGGCGCCAAAGAAGCGUCGGCUGCUGGCUUCAUCCUCUUAUCGAUGGUGACCAUUGUCUGGAUUUUCUACUUUGGCUCUGCUCCGUCCGCCGUUCCCCGCGCCUACAUCGAUUCGUUCGCCCUAGCCAAGGAGUCUACGUCGACGAAUCGUCAGACCAUGACUGGUGGUUACGGUGGCCGCAGGCCCGAGACCUCCACAUCGGUGCAGCCUCCUCAAAUGUACACAGCCCAGCUCAAUGGCCUCGAGAACCCAUCACCGGUCGGCGGCAUGACUUCGGCCAUGACCAACCCGACGAUCCCCCCGGCGUACACAGCGCCACCAACCCAAAAGACAGCGGCCCCUAACGCCGAGAACCCCAACGCGGAAAUCGUACCGCCUACAGAAUACCCGUAUCGCGCAAAGGCCAUCUACAGCUACGAGGCGAAUCCCGAAGACGCCAACGAGAUUUCGUUUUCCAAGCACGAGAUCCUCGAAGUUAGCGACGUCAGCGGAAGGUGGUGGCAAGCGCGGAAGGAGAGCGGCGAGACAGGCAUUGCGCCCAGCAACUACCUCAUCCUAUUAUAG